UCUGUCAACCCAAGCAAGGCCCCCGUCAGAGUUCGAGGCUGACACAAACAUCACUUUUCUUUUGUACGCGAUCGAAUCCGGAAUUCUCUCGUCGUGCGUUUGUGGUUGGUGCUCUGCCGUGGUCGCGUUCGCCUCUCCCCCCCGUUCCGAGAGUUGGAGUGUUCCGAGGUUCCACCGUGAGUGGUCAAGUGUGCGCGGUCAGAGUCGAUUACGGGGACCGUGUUUUUUUUGUUCUGUUUUUUUCUGCGGACUUUUUCGGAACAUCCGAAAAACGGUUUGUGUCGUCGUCGACGUCGCGUAAAGUGAAGAGGAAAAGAGGAAGAGGAAAAAAAAAGUUCGUCGAUUUGCCUUGCCGUGUCGUUUCUCCUCCGGUCGUCGUCGUCGUCGGUUCCCAAUCCGUGUGUUGCCCCGGGGGUAAUUUCGUUGUUUCGGUUUUCGCUUCGCCCGCAAGUUCCACGUCCUCCUCCACCUCCACCCAGGUGAGACUGUCGAGACUUGCUCGACGUGCUGCUGGAACCGUUUUCCCGGAGGUUGUUCCGAAGAAUCAUUCAUCCUGCGGACCUGCGAGGGCAAAUCCUAACAAACAGCAACGACGACCCCGCACGACGACUCGCGAUAGUUCUUCGGCAAAGGUUCGAGCGAAGACCUUUAGACUAAACCGAGUUUGAGUCCAGCAGCUUCGGCGGCAGGUCCAGGCAGAGAAUAUUAACCGUUCGCGGAGCAGUUCAAGAAGAUCGAGCGAAGCUCUCAGGGGGGAAGCAAUCGGUACGAAGAAGUUUCAAGAAGAAAAGUAUAGUGAUCGAGAUCAGCAAGAUCAUCAUCAUCCCAUCGCGGUUCGACUGGAGCCCGGAGAAUUCAGAAAAAGAAGAAGAAGAUUAAGAAGAAGACGUGUGCAGAAGAUAAGAAAGGAAACAAAGGGGAAAAAGAAAGGUGAAUCAAGAGUUGCGCCGAGGAAGAGCAAGAAAAAGGCAGUGUAAUCAAAAUAGUGCUCACUCUCGCGCGGAGUUGUCUCGCCAAAGUCUGAUUCCACAGUUGAACCCCGGGACUCGUCUCUCGUGACGAUCGCGGCCAGCUGAGUGUGUGUGUGUGUGCGCGCUCGCCCCAGAAGUGUUGAAUAAUCGUACAAACUCGCGAAGCUCGUCUCGAAAGCACUUCGAGUUUGAUCUCCGUGUUUCCAAGCCCGCAACCGCCUCCUCCGGCCGAUUGAUUUGCUGCGGUUUUCGCGUUUUGCGCGCUGUGCGAGAUUGUGCGUACGCGGCCGGCCGCUUGGAAAGUGCGUGUGCGUGCGUAUUUGUGCGUUUCCCAUCAUCAUCAUCGCGGCAUCACCGGCAGCAGCUCAGCUCAGCUUUGCGGGGUACCUCUAAGACCCGGGGCUGGUGAAGAGAUUUGAAGAAGAAGCAGCAAAAGGCCAGCAGUCCCGUACAGCAGCAAGAGCUAGUGAACCAGGUCGUCGUCGUCGGUUGAUUCGCGAAGAAGCUGAAGAGUGAAGCGAAACCACAAUGGUGUCCACACGUCAGAUGACCGGUGCGACGACGGAGGAAAGUACGCUGUACCUGUUUCGCUCCUCUUCCGCCUCAUCCAGCAACAGCAGCUCGAACCAACCCACCAGCACCAGCACUGCGGUCACGAGCCGGUCCUCAGCCCUUGCCACCUCCACCCACAGCAGCGGCCCGGUGGUAGGGGGCAUGGCGAUGGCCGUGCUCAACCCACCGCCGCCGCAGCAGCAACCGCCACCACAAGCACCCCCACCGGAGCUGAACCUGCUGGACAUGCCGGUCGAGAUCCUGGGACACAUCUUCUCCUACGUGGGCUACAAAAAGGUGGCCCAAAUGCGAGUGAUAUCGCUCCAGAUGAACCAGGUGUGCAGUUCGAUACUGAACUCCACCUUCCAGAAGCUCCAGACACAGAUGCUGAACCGCUUUCAAAUCGUGAAAGCGAAAAUGCCACGCAGGGAAUCCGCCCGGAGGAACCACCCGCUGGCCUGCGAAUGUGAUAUCCUGGAGACGUGCUCGAUGCGGCUGUCGCUGCUGCAGAUGACGUUCGGCAAACAUAUCGAGAGGAAGCACUGUUGCUUUUUUCCCGGCGGGAUCCUGGACGAGGUGUACUCGGUGAUAUACUACAUCCGGAGCACACCGACGCUGGCCCGGCCGUUCAAGGUGACGGACGAGCUGUUCGAUCUGUCCACGAUGGCCAUGGAGUACUUUCGGGAGCACAUCGAGCCGAACCUACCUGAUAUAACAUACUUCAAUAAGGAUUACACUUCUAGUACAAAACCAUUCAAGACGCUGGAGGUUUCCUCCUCGAUCCUGUCGCGCGACACAUCACACUCGAGCUCGUCCUCGCCGCCCCAGAGCAACAUGGUGCUCCGGAAGGGCAUCCGCAAGAUCAAACAGGGAAUGAAGCGAUACAACAAUCAACUGUCGGUGUUACGGAGCGAGCUGCGAACGUGCAAGCGGAAGGCCACCGAGCAGGCGAAGCAGAUCGCCGAGCAGCAGAAGUUGCUGGCGGAACAGCAAAAGCAAACCCUCGAGUACGCGAACCGGCUCGACGAGAACGACAAAAAGAACGAGGAGAUCUCGCGGAAGUUUUCCACGCUGCUGCAGGAACUGAACAAGUGCAAAACUGAGCUGCAGUACUGGCGCUCCAAGAGUCCGGCCACGCCCAACUGUAACGCGUGCGGCCAGGCCAUCGUUGCCAUGCUUCCGGAGGACUUGCAGGCGCUCGUCAACCAGGGCGUUCGGCCCGAGGAGGUUGGCCUGGCUGCGAUACCGGAGGAACCGGCUGCGCUGGAGGCCGACGAGGGCAACGCGAUGGCGCUGGAUCUGGACGCGCAGCCUAUGUCGCCGCUGCCGGCUCCGGUGAUCGUAGCCGUGACCGGAUCUCCCCGCAGUCAGAAGCGAAAGUUUGAAAGUGUCGAAAGUGCCAGCGAUGACGUCGUGGCAGGUUCAUCCGCGUCCAGCACCAGUGGCGAGCCAGCUUCCGGAUCAUCAUCACCCCUGAACCCACCCUUCGCGUCGGCUCCGCUGGCUUCGCUCGUGGCCUCGUACUCGUCGUUCUCGGCCGGACCGUCGUCGUCGGUUUGCCCGUCCCCACCGUCGGCGUCAUCUUCUUCGGCUGUGUUAUCCCUUCUAGUGCCCACCACCUGUUCGUCCCCUUCCCACGCUUCCCAGAUGAACUCGCUUGCUUCGCCCUCGGCUGGUCCCUCAUCCGGCGGGGCCAACGCCCCGCAGCCGGAUGUCCCGAGCGCCGGAAGCAGCAGUAGUGAUAGUGUUAAUCAUAAGAAAUUACGCAGAGUACAAACUAAAGCUAGAUCACAAACUAAUCACAAUAACACUAGUACUGUGACUAACACGAAUACAAAAGCAACUAGAAGUAAACAUGUGGAGAAAUAAACCAGUUGAUCUGAGAACUCCGAUCGCAUAGCUGGAGAGAUAAACACAUGAUUAAAAACAAACUGAUUUUAUAGCAAAACUACUAAUAUCUGAAGAAAGAAAGAAUUUGAGAAAUGACAUUCAUUUUUUUAGUUAAUUGUAAAAUGAUUUUUUACUUCAUCUCCAACUUAGUGCUAAUAUAAUAUUGUCUGUCUUUCCAAACUUUUCUUUUUCAAUCUUUCGUACUAUUCCACGUAGUCUUGUUUCUUUCAACUUUUACAGAAAAUUUGCAUAAACCAAUGUUUCCAACAGAGUCAACUAUUCUAUCAAUUACAAACAUACACUAUUAUCAUAUGUUAUUCUUUGUCUAAUCAUGAUAGAUAUCCAAACAAACACACACAAACAAAUCAAUGUUACAACCAGAAUAAUUUAGACAAUUUACCAUCCAGCCAGUGAGUAGGGCGCAGAAAGCAAUUAUCAACACAGAGAGAAAGAAAACCAGAUCGCACCGAAGAUGUCACCCACACCAAAAAAAAAAAAACAAACAAGAAAGGAAACAAUAAAGCUGAAAGAAAUAGUAUAAUCUUGACUUCACCUGGAUCUACUAACACACGCAAACACAAACAAAUACACACAGUUACAGAAACCGUAUAAAGGAAUUAACCAAAACAAACCCACUCACACAAACACACACAGACUAGCAGUAACGCCGAUAUCAAUGUGUCGUCGCAAUACAGAUUAAUCAAAAAUGGUCUCACGCCAGCCACCACUACUAAUUAUACAAAAGUACUACUACAACUACUACCGCGGCGCUGAAAGGCCCGCUGGGGGGAAAACAAUAGCAAAUAAAACAAUACAAUAGAGAAUAAAUGGAAACUACCACCACCACAGAUUCACCAGAACAAUCACACUCUCACGCAAUAGACACAAACACAGUUGCAAAAAAAGCAACAGCAGCAGCAGGGGAAAGAGGUGUUGGAUGAUAUUGGGAGGGUUGCAAAAUAGUUAAUUUUACACAUGAACCACAACAACACACAAUAUACAGGACGACGGGCAGAUUUGUUGUACCGCAAUUGGUUUCUCAGCGUUGGGCGUUUUUUGGCGAGUCGAAAUUUGCCGCUCGCUGGAAGUUUCGGAGCAGCUUACUUCGCAUCUUCCGGUGAAGGGUAAAUUGAGGAAAAUGGUAUGCAAAGAAUAGGAAAUGCUUUGGUUGUACCUCAUUUGGCGUAAAGCGUUUGGUAAAGUUGCCGAUUGUUUUCUCGAUAUUUUUCAGAUCUCUUCCAGAGUGAGGUUAGAACAGCUCGUGGUAAGAAUUCGACUUUUGUAGAUUUUGCAACUUCAAAUCCAGUUCCCCAAAAAUCCAAACUCCACUUACACCGACCGCAACUCCGACAUCAUCUUCUGAAGUUUUUCCGCCAACGACUCCGGCUCCGGGUUAUCAAGUGAUAAUCCUGCUCGAAUGACUUCUACUCCAAAUUCACAGCCCCGGUUGCCUCUUUUUCGCAACGGUUUUUGUUUACAAUGCGUACUCAUAGAUUUCCUUCUUUGUGAACGUUGAAAUCACCACAAUUGUUGGAAUCCGGAAUUUUUGUCACGCGUAGUACCGGAGUUUGAUCGUGUCAACAAAACAAACUAACUUCAGAUCUUCACAGGAAAUUGUGUAACUGCGUCAAACUCUAUCAACUGUCGUUUGUUCUGUUGUCUGCGCUAGCAAAUGUUGCUACGAUAUGCAUUAUCAAGCAAGCUUACACGUUGGAGUGUAAUCGAAUGUUUGUUUUGGCCUCGAACUGUCAAAUUGAUUUACUCAAAGUUAAGGUCAAACGGCUUUAAGCUAAAUGGGGUACAUUCCACUUGCAAGAUUACGUCAUGAAUAUUUAAUUUCAUUCAAUUAAUGUUUGGUUUUGGUUUGCGCUGUAAAUAAUCUAUCAAGGGCGAUUAACUGAUAAAACAAAAACUUAAGUAGUGACAAAACAAAUUAUUAAAUGGAUUAGAUGCAAACAAAUCUUAACACACACACAAAAUGGAUGCAUGACCAUAACAAAAAAAAAAUACAUCAAUUAGCUGAGUAGAAUAGCAACAAACAAAAACCAAGCCUGUAAAAGCAUAUAUUUUCUUCUCAUUAUCAAAAAAGGCAAACUGUGAGAAUCCUACAAUUGCAGCAAAAUUGAUACUCGAACAGAAACAAAAAUCAAUUGGAAUCCCUAAACAACCCUUUUUCAUACGCAUGAAUGCAAAGAAAACAAUGAUAAAAUGGUACAGUGUAGUAGACUUUUUCUCUUACAUAUACAAUAUAUACAACAAAACAACAAAAAAACAGUAACUAGUAAUUAUUAUUUUUGUAGUAGAUGCUAGUUUUAUAAGACAAUUUACUGUGGAGCGCGUUCCCUGGCGCGAGGAGGUCGGACAAUUCGGAUGAUUGCCAUUCAUAGGCAAAGUUUCCCCCGCACCCGCAGAAAACUACAAACAAAUUCGCGCUCCUUUAGCUCUCAUCUUACUGUGGUAGUGAUAUUUUCGUAAACAAUUCUACUAGACAGAGAGAGCGAGAGACAGAAAUACAUGUGGAUCAACUGAAAAAAAAAAACGAGGAAAGCACUGAAGCCAUUUUAAGCUGAACGUGGUUGAUUUUAACAAAUUGAAAGCGGUUUGAAACUAGAAAGCAGAACUUAAAAAUAUCGUUGAACAAAAGAAAAACAGAGAAAAUUUUCACGUGCAGGGAAACCGAAAUCAAAAAAACAAGAAAAUUCACACGCACUCACACUCUAGGGGAACUUAAAAAAGGCGGAAAUCGAUUCAAAAUUUAGAAGCAGCAAAUACAAAGUACGGAAUUUUAGAUUCUAACUCUUUUCUAAUAAAUGACUGUUUGUAGAGGCCCUUUCUCGAUAUCUCUAGAGCAAAAACAAAGCAAAACAAAUAUAGGAAUCAGAAUGGUGUUGUAACAGCAAGCAAAAAACAAACUCUCACUCACCCAAUCGAUACGAGGAAAAAAAUUAAGAGUAAAAAAACGCAAGACAAAUUAAUCAAUAAAUGAAGAUUAUACAUAGGUAGAAUGUGAUAACGAACAUAAGAGAAAAAAAAGUAAAAUCACACUAACGCUAAAUUGUAUGACAUUAGCGUGUUUUAAACGUUGUUUCCAAGUCGUUUUCCCAAAUUUAGUUUGUUUUCGGGUCCGCUUCCACACUAUUAAUCUAUGACACACAAGAAAGGAAAAAAAACAAAGCAAAAAACCAGAAGUUUAAACCAGCAAAAAAAAUAAAUAAGGAAAACUCAUGUUUCUUUUCCCAAUUUUUUAGCAGCACAAAAUACAACCCCAUUCAACAAACAACUCACACUGACUGUCUCUGGUCGUGAUUUAAAGCGCGCGCUCGCUCGCUCAGGAUUGCUUCGGCGACGAGCCUUUCCCGCCUCUUUUGAAAAAAGCUCAUCAUCGAAGGGUUUGGCUGAAUUAAAACGAAAAAAAAAAAAGUCAUUAAACCGGGUGACGGUCGUGCAGAAUAACGAUGAGAUUGGGUCCCGUUGCGUCGAUGCGAUGACGCGAAGCGAAAAAUUGAGAUGAAACAACAACAAAAAAAAGUUCUGAAGGAAUGAUUAGCGCGCGAGAGAGAUUGAAUGAUGAACUAUGAUGUAAAAGAACACAAUGAAUUUUAAUCCCGUCUCUGUUGAAUUGAAAACAAAACAAACAAAAAAAAACAUAGAUAUUUUAAGAAGUUUUCUUCUGUAUUUCUCGUUGCACAAGAGUAAGAAUAUAUUAUUAAUCAAAUGAAGACAAAAACAAAACGGUGGAAAAAACAAGAAUAAACAAAAAUCAAAUAAAAAUCAAGAGGUAAAAAUUAA